GAAAGGGGGAGAGAGAGAGAGAGAGUGAGAGGAGAGAGAGAAAGAGAGGGAGAGAGAGAGAGGGAGAUUAGCAUCUCGUUCCAAUGAAAUAGGCUAUUUUUUGGCAGUUUGACCAUGACAGCGAAAGGACGACUUAAAGCCGUUCCAUUCCCCCUCAGCCACAGGUUGACCAUGCGGGAGGUGUUUGACGGGGACGGCCGGCCGCGUGUGGACCUGCUGAAGGCGCACCUGACCAAAGAGGGCCGUCUGGAGGAGGCCGUGGCCCUGCGCAUCAUCAACGAGGGAGCCGCCAUCCUGCGUCAGGAGAAGACCAUCCUGGACAUCGAGGCGCCCGUCACAGUUUGUGGAGACAUUCAUGGCCAGUUCUUUGACCUGAUGAAGUUGUUUGAGGUGGGCGGUUCCCCGGCCACCACGCGAUAUCUCUUCCUAGGCGACUACGUGGACCGAGGCUACUUCAGUAUCGAGUGUGUGCUGUAUCUGUGGUCGUUGAAGAUCGUGUACCCAAAGACCAUCUUUCUUCUGCGAGGGAACCAUGAAUGUAGGCACCUGACGGAAUACUUCACUUUCAAGCAAGAAUGUAAGAUUAAGUACUCAGAGCAGGUCUAUGACUCGUGUAUGGAUGCGUUUGACUGCCUCCCCCUGGCGGCCCUGAUGAACCAGCAGUUCCUGUGCGUGCACGGAGGCCUCUCCCCAGAGAUACACACACUCGACGACAUCAAGAAGCUGGACAGGUUUAAGGAGCCCCCUGCGUUUGGACCCAUGUGUGACUUGCUGUGGUCGGAUCCUCUGGAGGACUUUGGCAAUGAGAAGACUCAGGAGUACUUCAGUCACAACUCUGUCCGUGGAUGCUCCUACUUCUACAGCUACCCUGCCGUGUGUGAGUUCCUACAGACCAACAACCUCCUGUCAAUCAUCCGAGCACAUGAAGCACAGGAUGCUGGUUACCGCAUGUACCGUAAGAGCCAGACCACUGGCUUCCCGUCUCUCAUCACAAUCUUCUCUGCGCCAAAUUACCUGGACGUUUACAACAACAAAGCGGCUGUACUGAAGUAUGAGAACAAUGUGAUGAACAUCAGACAGUUUAACUGCUCUCCUCACCCCUACUGGCUGCCCAACUUCAUGGACGUGUUUACUUGGUCGCUGCCAUUCGUGGGAGAGAAAGUGACGGAGAUGUUGGUGAACGUGCUGAGCAUCUGUUCUGAUGAUGAGCUCAUGAACGACGGAGAGGAAAUCUUCGAUGCCACCACAGCUGCAGCUCGUAAGGAGGUGAUCAGGAACAAAAUCCGCGCCAUUGGGAAGAUGGCCAAGAUGUUCUCAGUGUUACGGGAGGAGAGUGAGAAUGUGUUGACGCUGAAAGGGUUAACUCCCACAGGCAUGUUACCCAGCGGUGUGUUAUCUGGAGGCAAGCAGACCCUACAGAGUGCUACCAUUGAGGCCAUAGAAGCCAUCGAGACGGAGACUGAUGAGGACGGAGAAGCGAUCCGAGGCUUUUCUCCUCAGCAUAAGAUUAACAGUUUUGAAGAGGCCAAGGGUCUGGACCGUAUAAACGAGCGCAUGCCGCCACGUCGAGAAGUGGCCUCCCGCAUAGGCCAGUCCGAGGCCAACGGCACCGACGACAACAGCAAUAUCCAGUGAUCCCUCUCCACGCGUCCACUCCACUCUGACACACCUGUCCUCCUCUCCUCUCCCCUCCUUUCUUCGCCUCUCUUCCUUUCUCUUCUCCUCUCCUAUCCUCUCUUCUCCUCUCCUCUCCUAUCCUCUCUUCCUUUCUCCUCUCCUCCGUCACCCACACCUCUGCUUCUGCUCUUUUCUUUUAUUCUUUAUCUUCUCUUCUCCUCUGUGUCCUCCUCCUUUUGUCUCUCCUUCCCUUUCUCCUCCCAUCUUCUCUUCUCUCCUUCUCCCCUUUAUAUCCCCUCUUUUCUUUCCCCUCAUCCUUCUCUUCUCUUCUCUCCUCCGUCCCCCUCUCAUCCCCUCUUCCUCACCCUGGUCUGUCGUGCGGUCCUGCUGUGGUCAGUGGCCCUGGCCGUGCUGGUGUGGUGAGCAGCAAGUGUGCUGUCCUGCUCCAGGGGUGUGCAUUCUAUACGUGUCUGUGUGUGUAACCGUUUUUUGGGGACGAGUGUGGGAUACAAAGGCCACUGGGAAACAGGGAGUGUUUUGUUUGUUCAGAUGAUGAGUCAAGUUGAACAACUGUGUGUUUAGAUGUGUGCAUGUUUGGGUGUGUGAACAGGUGGUUGGAUAAUGCUUUGGAACGGAAGAGGGCUUUAUAUCUUAUCUUAUCUUAUCUUUCUUUUUUCCUCUCAAAUGAAAACGGUUAGAAUGCUGGAACAUUUGGUUUUAUACCGGAAGACUGGAGAGUGUGUUUGUGUGUUGUGAGUGUGUAUGUGUGUGUGCAUGAUUUAAUUUGAUUAAAAAUGUGUGUGUGUGUGUGUUUGUGUGUGUGUGUGUGUGUGUGUGUGUGUCAGUGUGUCAGUGUGGGUAAGUUAAUUUAUUUCACAAAGCAUCAUAUACUAAACUUUUGCUCUUCAACCAUGUUUUGCUACUAGUAUUAAACAAGUAAGAAACUUAAAACAUCUUAUUUAUCAUAUUACGGGAAUUAAAGAAGCAUUCUCAAGCUCCCUGCAAUGCAAUCUUAUCUGGAAUGGGGGGGUGAGGGGGAGGGAGUUUGUUGGGGCAUGAGGGUCUAGUUUUCUUAUAUGAGUUGUGUAUUAUUUGCUCUUGCUCUCCGUUUUGCAGAGGGUGGGGGGAAGGGUGUGUGUAUGCUGUGUGUGUGUGUGUGUGUGUGUGUGUGUGUGUGUGUGUGUGUGUGUGUGUGUGUGUGUGUGUGUGUGUGUGUGUGUGUGUGUGUGUGUGUGUGUGUGUGUGUGUGUGUGUGUGUGUGUGUGUGUGUGUGUGUGUGUGUGUGUGUGUGUGUGUGCGUGUUUGUGUUCUGGCCACAGAGCAGACCCUCACAGACACUGUCACUGCUACUGUCAUGCAGAGCUGAGCUGAUGCUGGUCUGGGAACAGUGGAGACGGACUGUGUGACUGUGCACUGCACACAGCGCCUCCUGCUGGCCACAGAAUGAACAGCAGCCUGAUUUUUGGCCACGCAAGCUUCUUCAGACAGUGGGAGACCUUUCUGUUGUAUAUAUAAAUAUAUCUGGGGUGGUAGGGGUGUGUGGGGUAAUACUUUUUAUUUAAGUUAUUUGGGUUUUUUUACAGUUGAGUUUCUUUUUUGCUGUACAGAUACUAAUGCUCCUAAAAAGGUGUGAAGCCUUCUGUGGUUUGAUUUAAGUUUCUUUGUUGACGUGGAGUGUGUGUGUGUAUGUGUAUAUGUGUGUAUGUACAGUAUGCGUGUAAGUCAGCCUGUAUGUAUGUAGGAGUGUGUGUGUGUGUGUGUGUGUGUGUGUGUGUGUGUGUGUGUGUGUGUGUGUGUGUGUGUGUGUGUGUGUGCAGGUCUGCGUGCAUAUUCGAUCUCUCUAUAAACACCCACGGUGUCUGCUGGAGCAUGUUUGCAUGGACCUUUCAGAUGUAAAGCCUAUUAAAGACACUCAGCUAAGCGUGUCUCCACAUUUUUAAGGACAACCUGUAUUCCUCCCAUCCCUCUUCUUCUACCUGGCUGGACUCUGCUCUCCUUUCGUUAUGAUAUUAUUCAACCUGGUUAUUAUGAUUCUGAUGCUGGACACUCUACAGCUGGUUUGUCUGACUCUCUGAUUUGGUCUCAUUCUUGGUGUUUUGCUUUGAGGGAGCAAUCCUCGGAGAUGUGAUGUCUCUCUCUCUCUCUCUCUCUCUCUCUCUCCCUCUCUCUCUAUAUCUCUCUGUCUACCUCUCUGUCUCUCUCUCUCUCACUCUCUCUCUUAAUCUCUCUCUCUGUCUGUCUCUCUCUUUCCCUCUCUCUCUCUCGUGCUGUUCUGGAUCUCCCUAUUGUAAAGACCAUGUAAGCAUGCCCUAUGGGACUAAUCACUUUUUUACUAUUGAAUAAAAUAUGCAUGAAGCUC